GUAGUAAAAGAAAACUUUUUUUUUUACAAAGAGAGAUCCGUUUGCGUUUCAUUCCUUCCUUAAUCACAUACUUCUUUAAAGAUUGAGACAUCUCACUCUUAUUCUAGAUAAGCCACACGAGACUAGACCUUUCUUCUCUAUACUGCAUAUUCAAGUUUGGGUUGCUCAUCUCUUAUCUUUUUAGCCACAUCCAUUAUCGCACUACAGCAGCAAAAAAAAAUAAAGGUUCCGGUAAUAUCCAUAUUUUCAACUACAGUUUUAAAGAGAACGCCACCACUACAACUUACGUAUCUUGCCUAGAUUUGAAAAGCAUUUUUUUAUUAGAAUAAUUUAUUUAAUUACCCUGAAGUCAGACUAUUAUACAAUUACCCCAGGUUUUUCCAAUCUAUUGAAUCCUAUUUUUUUGCAUCAAAUAUGUUGAGAUCAACGGUUAUAAUCCUUUGGAUUGUAUGCUCAAUCCAGGCAAUUUCACUUGUUUCACUCCAGAAGCAGUCACCAUUCCAAAUAGAUUCAGAAUCGAUCACUAGACAAGAUUUUGAUAUUUGGCUUUCAGAACAAAAGGAUAUUGCAUUUAAGAAUAUACUCAAGAAUAUUGGAGGUAUUUCACCUCUGUUGAAUACCACCUUGGUGCCUGAAGGGGUUGUUAUUGCUUCACCUUCUUCUGAACAUCCUAACUAUUUCUAUCAAUGGGUUAGAGAUCUGGCUCUUACAAUUAGAUCUUUGAUAUAUCAUUUAGAUGAUUCAAAAUUCGAUGAUUUGGAAAUUUCAAAAACUAUCGAGGCAUAUAUUGCAAAUAAUCACAAAUUACAAAGAUUACCAAAUUUGUCUGGUUCAUUUGAUGAUGAUUAUAGUGGUCUUGGAGAACCAAAGUUUCACGCUGAUUUAACUGCAUUCAAUGAACAUUGGGGUAGACCUCAAAGAGAUGGCCCAGGACUUCGUGCCAGUACCAUUACUAGUUAUCUUAAUGUCUUGGAGAAAUACGGUAAGAAUCCUUCUCAUAAAGAUUUAAGUGAUUGUAAAUAUGUUUAUUCUGAAAUCAUUAAACCCGAUUUGCUUUAUAUUGUGAAAAAUUGGAAUAAAUCAGGGUUUGAUCUCUGGGAAGAAAUUGAUUCAAACCAUUUCUUUACCAGUAUUACCCUGUUGAGAGCUAUUCAGGAUGGAAUCAUAUUAUACAAAAGAUAUGAUAACGAAGAUGAUCAAUUUUUCCAACAACUUGAGUCGACUUAUACAGAACUAAAGAAUUUUAUUGAGAAUGACUCUGGGUUUCAGCAACAACAUAUCCCUUAUAUCGUUGAAUGUCCUCAACUUUUGAAAGAAGGGAAAAGAUCUGGAUUGGAUGCAGCUACAUUAUUGGGUUCACUUCAUUCCCAUAGUUUGGAAAAUAAGAAUCUUCAACAAGUGUAUGAAGAUAUUCCAUUUGAUAUAGAUGAUAGUCAUAUCAUCAAUUCAUUCAGAGCCAUGGUUGCAGACAUGAAAUAUAGAUAUCCAGUAAAUCGAUUCCGUACCGGGUUUGGGGUUGGAUUAGGAAGAUACCCUGAAGAUAUAUAUGAUGGGUAUGCCACUUCUGAGGGUAAUCCAUGGUUUAUCCUGACCGCUUCAGCUUCAGAAAUUCUUUACAAGAUUGUCUUCAAAUUAAAUUCUAAUGGGGAUGAUUUAGUAAUUACAAAAUCUACUAAAGAAUUCUUCUCUCAAUUUAUUGAUUUGCAAGACAGUAUUGAAGAUGUUGUUAUUCAAUAUGGAUCCGAGGAAUAUGAAAAGGUUACCUUAAAUCUCAUGGAAUACGCAGAUUCCUUCCUUGCAGUUAUCAAAGAUCAUGUUGAUAACAGCGGUAGAAUGAGUGAACAAUUCAAUAAAUAUGAUGGAUUCAUGCAAGGAGCAGAAGAUUUAACCUGGAGUUAUAGUGCGGUAUGGAACUGUAUUAGGUGGAGAGGUAAGGCUUUAGCUAUUCUUUAGACUGUU